AUGGAGUUGAGAAAAAAGUUUUUUUUUUGGAAUCAGAAGCGAAAACAAGCGCACUAUGCUUCCUGUAAUCAAUGGUGAUGUUAAUUGUGAUACUUUAAAGAGAAAUCUGAAUCCUUUGUACAGGUUUUAGAUCAAAGUUGAGGACAAAGUAGCACUCUAGACGACGAAAAUGAAGAAGUCCAAAUCCCCUCUCACUGUGUUCUCCCCCAAGCUGUCGUCUGGACUGCCUACAAAAUCCGGGGGGAGAGGUAAAGCUCUACAGGCCAGGUCUGCUGAGGAUAUCCCCAAAGUGGUUUCCAGGUCGUCAGGCGGAAAAGAUGCUGUGGCAGGGUCGAAAUCUCGCGGCAGCUCACCUGCUGCCACAGGUCCAGCCCAAACUGGUAUACGAUACAUCACAGAGGGCCUCAUCAAAAAAAUAGCAAAAGAAGACAAUCUCGAAAUGAUUACCUCCCUUAAUCUGAUGCUCUCCAAGGAAGGCGGAAAGAAAAUUAGAUACAUAGAAAACUUGCAGCACCUAAAGAGACUGCAGACGCUUAACCUCAGCUGUAACGUCAUAGAAAAGAUCGAGAAACUAGAAAGACUGACAAAACUGCAAGAGUUAAACCUGUCUUUCAACUGCAUUAGUCGGCUGGAAGGUUUGGAAAGCCUUGUGAAUUUGCAGACGUUGAAUGUCAGCGGGAACCAGAUUGAACACGUACCUGUUUGGCUGAGUAAGAAGCUCCGAGCGCUGCGAGUGUUUCGCAUCGCCAAGAACAGAAUUACCUCACUAAAUGAGUUCUCAAAGCUGAAGACUCUCCCUGACUUAGUGCAGCUGUCCGUAUCAGAAAACCCUGCGGCUGAUCUGCCUCAUGCUCGUCUCUUCCUCAUUUUUCACCUGCGGUCACUAGAGAACUUGGAUGGACAGAGUAUUCUGACAGAGGAGAGGCAGGACGCACAGAGCAGAUUUGAACAAGAUGAAGUUGAACAGCUGGAGCGUCAGUUGGAGGAAGGAGAGUCUCGCUACAGGAAGUUAGAAGAAGACCAUAAUAAAUCCGUCCACGAGCUCCAACAAAGGGAGGCCACUGAGCAAGAGCGAAAGAAGAAAGAGCUUCAGAGUCAGGAUAAGAUGCAGGAGUUACAGCGAGAGCUUGACACCAAAAAUGACUUGCUGAAGAGGAAAACAGCGGAGCUGACAAAAGCCUGUGAGAAACAUUAUCAACUGGAACAGGAGCUGGCCUUUUAUAAAAUCGACUCGAAAUUUGAGACACUGAGUCACAGGCCACAGACAACAGACCUGGACGACAGUGGUAACCUGGAUGAGAGCCCUUAUAUCGGUCGGGCUCGUUACAAAGCCAACAAGUUUGCGCAGGAGCAGGUAAUCACGGCCACGCCUCAGCAGGCACAGCUUCACCAGAGUCAGUCAGCGGGUAUAUCCACAUUAGGAAUCCACCCUGAUGUACGGGAACAGAUGAACGAGACUUUAGACAGAGAAAUCGCGGGUAAACAACAGGCCAUUGAGAGAGCUCAAGGCCGCCUGGAACGUCUCCAGGAGGAGCUGACACGCACAGAGAAACAGGUGCUCUCUGCUGCCCAGGAGCUGAAGAGAGUCAGUGAACUGACCCCCUACGCUGAACACAUGGAACAGCACAAACAGCAACUCAGACAAGUUCUCGCCAAGAAAAUGCAGCAUGUAAACCAGCUGCGUGAUGCUGCUGCCCAGGUAGAGGAUGACAUGGACCGUGUCCAGUCAGACGCCCAGCAGACCCGUGGUGACAUCGCGGACCUCCGCAAUAGACUUAGUGGCAUGGAUCCCAAUGACCCGAACUAUAGAAAAACUUACGCUGAAAUGGUUGACAAAGAGCAACAGAUCAGUGAAACUUCACAAAUGUUUGGGGAUUUACAACAACAACUGGAAGACAUGCUGGACACUAUCGCCACUGAAACCAAUGAAAUCAGGAAAAUGGAACAAAAAGUUAAUGAAGAUCAGAUCUCCCAGAAUGACGAUCUGCGAGAGGAACUAGGCAGCAUCGUGGGGGGUCUGCAGACAUACCUUCAGUCUAUGAAAGCCCAGAGUGAACAACAACAACGGGACUUGAGAGAUCUGCUGGCAGAGAAAGAGGCUCUGGAGGGUAAAAUACGCAUGCUGGAGACAGACCUUAGUUUGAUGGACACAGAAGGCACAGAAUAUAUGGAGUUGAAAGCAAGACUUGUGGAGUUGGAGGAGUCUCUGCAGGAGCAGAAGGAGCAGAAUGAUCUCCUACAGGAGCAAGUUCAUCUCUCCCAGACGCAAGAGCCCGAGAUACAGGACCGCAUCGAGCUGGCUGAGACAGAGAUCAAAGGGUUGAGGAAAGCACUCAAAGAUACGCAGAAAAAGGCGGAGCUGGACCGCCUGACCCUAGAGAAGGAGCUAGAUGAGGAGAGAGAGCGGCUGAAACAAGCGAGUAGAGAAUCGCAAGGAGCACAGAGUAAGGACGGCGUAGUGAAGCAUCUGACCCAACAGCUAGAGGCUGUCAAGGCUCUAAACCACAGUCUGCAGGAAGAGAUGGAGGAUCAACGUCAGCAGUUACAACAACUGAAUGAGACAAUUCCGCCCGAGGACCUUCGUCGCAGGCUUGAGCACCUCGCAAACGUUCUCACCAGGGGAAGAUCACCCAUACAGCCUGAGAAUCGCAAGGAUUUUGUCGGGCAGACUUUCAAACAUAUUCAGAACUUUCUGCAGGACAAGUUGAAUUCUAGCAUGAAAGACACAGAGCGACUUCAAAAUGACAAUGCACGAUUGGAUGCUGAGGUUGAGGCUAUGAGGUCAAAGGUGAAUGAUCUUCGAAAUCAGGCGUCAAAUUCUAUGAACUCUGAGCUCCGCGGUCAACGGGAGAGCUAUUUGGCUAAAUUGGAAGCUGCGCGAAAGAAAGACGCUGAUCAAAUCAAAAAGUUGGAAGAAGAGUUGACGAAGCUCAGCAAGGCCCUGAAAGAUGUCCAUGCGAAACAAAAGCAAGGGUCGAUGGGAACACAGGCAGGUACAGGCGCACGGACGCAAAUGGUGCAUGAUCCUGAUACGGCUACGGAGACAGAAGGCGAUUCCCUUAACACUGAAGAACGGGACCUCUUGGAUGAACUACAGCGCGAACUAAUGGAGUUGCGCAACAGCAUGCGAAACAAAGAGCUGGAACAAGCAAAAAAAUUAGCAGAUGCCGAAGUCGAGGCUCUUGCCCGAGACAAUGAGAUUCAGCAGAGACAAGCAGCAUUUCAGCAGGAUGUAGAUCGUCAGCGCCGUGAGCUUGAUCUUGAACGCCAGCGUCAGGAAGCUCGUGCGCGCGUACUGGAGGAUGAUCUGGCUAAGGCGCGCUCAGAUGCCAAUGCUCUUCAGAGGAUGCUGGAGGAAAAGACGUACAAUCUGAACAACGGUCAGAAUCCAGACAUAUCCAAUCAAAUGAUAGCUGCACAAGAAGAAGAGAUAGCUCAUCUGUACGACAUUUUAGAGCGACAGAGAGGAGAGAUUGACCGGCUCAAUGGGUCCUUACAUCAUGUGACAGGAGAAGGCCCGGACAGAUACGGGCCUGGGUAUGAAGAAGAAAUGUCUCGUCUUAGAGGGGAAGUGAAUCGACUUAAAGAGACACUGGCCAUGCAGUCACAGUACAUCCAAUCCAUGUCCCCCACUGCCCAUCAGUCAAGUGCCACACCACACCCACGUGGAGUUGCCACGGGGACUCAGUCCCAGAUAUACCCGCCAACACAGUCAGUGCCUGGUUUCAGGCAGCCUAUCCCACAGCCCCCCUAUCAGUUUCAGCAGUCUGUCUCUCGCCCCCACCCUAGGGCCCAGCACACUGGAGCAGUCCACCACCACGACCAUCCGCAUGCCCACAUCCAACCCCACCACCAUCACCCACAGGCAGCACAACAUGGAGGUCACAGGUCAAGGUCAGGUCAGCCACACCCACACAUGGUAGGAGGCGGAGACAUGACAGAUGGGGCCUUCCCACAUCAUGGAUCAGACACACAUGGGUAUCACCCCUCGACUGGACCAGGCAAAGUUCCGGACACCACCUCCAGAAUCACGGAUCAGCACUGGGCAGAUCAUCCCCAGCCUGGACCCACUGGCCACCAGGGGGCGCCACGUCAGGUUGACCAGCCGACCCCUCUUCACUCUACCCCGACCAGACCAGGAGAAGCAGGUGACCAGCUUGACAGUCAGACCGAUCAGUUUGUUGACCACCGUGAGAGCAGGACCGGUUUGGGCCGCUAUGGGGGCACUGCACGGGGGCCAACAACCUACACUGACAGGCGGGAAAAGAAGGCUGGCUCCCCACCACGAGCCAAGAUGACCCCCGGCCACCCAGAUGUUGAUCCCCAAACCCCCUAUGGGGCCCCAUCCCAGCCUGCCAGGUCGCAUGAUGUCCCAUACAGGCCACCAGGUAUGGGUGCGGCCAAUAUCAGAGAUGCACAGGAAGUUGUUCCCUUGGCCCCUGCAACCCUGCACCCCCCAGGGGUUGGUGAUGGGACGGUGCACUGUGCCACGGAGAUGGGAGAGCCUUACUGCAUGUUUGAUCCUGCUGACAUUCACCUUAACCUCAAUGAUGACUUGAUGGAUUCUUCUGUGAAAUACAACAAUUUACUUUCUCUGUUUAUGAUAAUGGAUGAUAAUCUGCUCAUGGUGUACGUCACAUUGUGGUGUGUUUUAGGAACUGGUAGAGCUUUCCCCACAGGUUGGCUACCCUAUCCCCCAGGGGCUACAGGCGAUCACCUCCAGCCCACCCCAGAGAUCUCCCCAAUAAGGCCAGUCCCCGUGCACCGGGCUGGCCCAGGCCAGCGUGAGCCACAUAGUGGUCGCGCCACAGCAGUGAUGCCUACUUCAACAGUGCCUCAGCAUACCAUGCCAGCGCCUCGGGAUUUGAUGCCGCCACCCCCUGUCCCGCCUCAACAUCAUCGUGACACGCAUUCCAUGCCGCUUCCUCACCAGUAUGCCGACUCCACAGACAGACACCAGAUAGCUGCACCCACUUUCAUGACCCAAGCUCCGACCAUACCAGCAGAUCCAAUCCCUAAGGUUGCCCCCUCUGGGGCGUCAGGCACCCCAGUGAUGUACCCACCUGUCUCAGCUGUGCCUGGUCAGCCCAUGUUCAUUCCUGUGACACCUGUGUAUGCCCCUGGUAACUUGAAUGACGCUGUCACUCAAACUGAUGCUCCACCCCCUGUCAGUCAGCAACCUACUAUUUUGAUGCCGAUCAGCCCAAUACGAGCAGCCAGUAGUAAAAUGGAGAGGGUCCCAAGGAGGGGUAUACUGAAGAAGCCAGAGGAGGAAGGAGAGGGCAGUGAAGACUCUUACCUGUAUUGUAAUGUGCCUGACCAUCAUGAGAUGGAGGACUACAUUGCAUCUUUACAGAAGAAAAUAAAAGAAUUACAAGUCUUGCUGAAAAAAGACAGGUUGCGAAGAGGAUCUCUGUCAGAAGAUGAAGAGAAGAGGCUCAUCAGGAGACUUAUCGCUGAACUCGAGGAACGCCGUAGUGACCUUGAAGGGUUAGACCUGGCUAUAGAGCGACAGAAGAAGGACAUGAGGAGGAUGAAGAAGGAUGAGCGGAGCCUGUUGCUGGACAAGAGUGCUGCACAGGAAGAACUGGCCAUUCUGAAAUCCAGAAACAGCAAGCUCCACAAGAGGAGGAAAUUCAUGGAACAGUUUGACUCUGACACUGACGAUGACUUUGACUACAGAGAAGCAAAACAGAAACAGAAAUAUCUGCAGAAUGAGAUAGAGUGCUUGGAGAAAACCCUGGUGAAGAGAAAAGGGGAGUUGAGGGACUCGGAUCGUAUGCUCAAACAGUGUACGGAAAACCUGAAAGAUGCUCGCAAUCAGGCACGUGACACUGUGCGUCGCUACGACCAGGCUUCUAUCGGUCUCCAGAGCACAGUGCGUGAUGCAGUCGAGAUGGAGAAGCGCGCAAAUGACGCCGGGAAAGAGCUUCUGAAGGUCAGUGAUGAGUUGGCCACACUCAAGGCAGAGGUCAGGGAGCUCAGUCAGAAAAAGUCCACACAGGAACGGCUGCUCAAGGAGAUAACACAGAUUAUUGCAAAGAAAGACAAAGAAUUCAGAGAAGUGGAUUCCAGGGCUAAACAAUCUACAAUCAAUUGUCAGAGGAUUCAGGCUGAGUUGACAGCAGCACAGCACCGGGAGAGGGAGACGUUGGGGACACUGAAAGAGAGCGAAGACGUGUUAGCCAAGAGGAGACAGGAGCUGAACAGGCUGAGAGAACAGAUUGAGGCUCAGAGAGGGGAACUAGAGAAAGUGGACCAGCAUAUGGGGAGAAGGAAGACAGAGAUGCGGAUGUUGGAGGAGGCACUGGAGAGAAAACAGUCCGAACUGAGUUCACUGCUGAGAGAUGCAGAGACAGAGGUGUCCAGCAAACAGAGAGAGCUCAAGGAACACUGGGAACAAGCGAAGACUCUGGAGAGUCAAAACACAGACUUGACAUCUUCUGUAAAAGUUAAACGUGCAGAGCUUCACCAGCUGAGAUCUGAUAUUGACCAGGAAAAUGAGGUUUUGGAGAGAAUCGUUAGCGCCGUCAGUAAGCAGAAAGCCGAACUGAAGCACACGUACGAGAUGCAGAAACUAGAGCAGACCGAGUUAGAGAGUGUGAAGUCCCAGCACGGCCAAAAACUGAUGGAGCUUGAGAAAACUCAGCUGGCGCUUUUAGACGAACGUGCAGAGCUUGAACGCCUUACCUCAGAGACCAACAGGAAAACAGGAGAGCUGGAGAGGCUACGCCAGAGCUUAGACCGGGAGCGCCAAGAUUUGGAGCGCGUUUCCAUGGAGAAGCGAGGACUCGAGGAGCGAAUCACAACAAUGAGCCGGGACAGGGAAAUCCUGGAGGAGAAUGCCAAGAGUGUGGACAACAAAGUCAACACCAUGAAGAGGACGUGUAAGGGCCUCGAGGAGAAGAUUGAGCAUGGAACACGACGUAUUGACAAACUGGACCAAGACAGGACGCAGAGAGAGGCAGAAGUGGAACAGUUGAAUAUGGAGCGCUCACUGCUACAGAAGGAGAUCUCCUCACUCAAACUCAUACUAGAUACAGGUCGAGAAGAGCUGAAGGAGUUAAAAGAUCAGGUUCACGAUGCAGAGGAUCAGGCGAAGAAUCUGGAACAGGACAUAAGGGAGACCCACCAUCGCCGCGAUUCCUUGCGACAGGAAAUUGACAGGCUAAAUGAGGCUGUGCGACAAAGUCGGAUGACCCAUGACCUCUGUGUGGAACAGGAGCUGCAGAAACAGAACGACCUUCAAAUCGUCAUGUCUGACCUUGAGGUUCAGCAGGCAGAGUAUGAAGAAGUCAGAGCUCUUGUCAGUAGUACUAACACUGAACUGAAUCGAAUACGAGCGGAGCUAGCGAGCACAGAAGCUGAAGAAACGCGUGUCAAGAGUAGUAUAAACCAGCUGAAGAAAGAAGCUGAGUCACGUGCGAUGAAUGGUGAAAAGUUCACAGAGUUGGAGAAACAAAUCAGAGAUCUUCGUCUAGAGUUAGAGGAAAGAACCAGAGAGAAGAAUGAGCUAGCUUAUGCUUUGACGCGAUCUUAUGAGGAAGUACAAAAGAUGAGGUCCGAGUCUAAUCAGGAACGUGAAAACAUGAUCAAAGAACGGCUUCAACUGGAGGGAGUGAUCCGGGAUCUGAAACGCCAGCUAGGUCACGCCGAAGAGGAACUUGUUCGGCAGCAAAAACGAGCAGAAAAUCAGGUGUUAGAACUGGAAAGCUUGGCGCAGGAACACUUCCGACGAGCUAACCAGUUGAACAAAGAGAAGGAUGAUGUAAAGGGAGGUCACUCUGAUCUGAAACGACAGAUGCCCAAACCUCCAUCAGACAAAGAGAACGACCCGCUGGGUGACAUCUCUGGGCAAGUCCAUGAGGAGUGGAAGAGAGAAGCUUUGAAAGAGAGACUGGUCCAGGAACAGGAUUAUCUAAGGCAACAACUCCGCCAGCAGAUGUCACGUCACUCAGAAGCCAUGGAGAAUGUUAGACUUCAAUCCGAGGGCACGCUUGACAACUUACGACGCAAACUCAACAAUUUACAAGACGUUCUCAUUAGCAGUGGCCAGUCAGCUCAAAUUGGUCAACAACCAAGGUCAAGGUCACCCGAGAGACAAGGUCAGAGGACAAGGUCUCCGGUCAGGAGUUAUUCUUCUCAGAGGCCAAGGUCAAGAUCCAGAGAUCGUCUGAAUAGUCCAGUGUAUCCUGAGAGAGAUGUUCCUGUGAGUUAGAUUUCUUACAAACCCGUGGUGCAGCAACAACUCAAGGAAACUGAAAAUGAGUGGUGCAACCGACAGUCCCCCAGGGGGCGCUCCAUAUCAUCAUGCAUUCUGUUCCUGAGAGAUAUGACAGAAAAGUACCCAAGAGUCAGCUGUGAGGCUCCUGGAAUUUUGAAAGAGGAAAGACAUUCCAUUUGCUGUUGAUUUGAUAGACAGUCAUCCACAUUCCAUCUUUCCUCUCAGGAUGUUUCCGGGCAGUGUAUGCCGGGAGUCAUGGAACAACUAGGGUAAUAAAAGUUGUGUAGCUCUGUUAGAGGUGAAUACAAGUCUUCAUGCAGUUUGGCUGUGUUCUGUGAGAAGGGAA